AGGUACUGCAUUGACUUUCAGGUGUGUGAGAAAUCACUGUGGCCCACAGCAACCAGUAGGGAAAAAAAAGUCACACUUGCAAUAUGGCACCCGUUUUAGACUGGAAGAAGCUUAUGAAAGUUGAUCCAGAUACUCUGCCUCGUCAAGAGGAACUAGCUGACAGAUUGCUGGAUAUCAUGUUCAAGGUUGAUGGGAAAGACUUAAAAAAUGAAACUCCAGAAAAAAUGAUACACCUUUUUAAAAUUACUCAAUCACUACUGAAGAUGAAAACUCAAGAGGUAGAACUGGCACUUGAAGAAGUUGAAAAAGCGGGGGAAGAGCAAGCCAAAUGUGAAAAUAAUUUUAAAACCAAGCUGAUGAAACUUCAAAAUGAAUUAGAGAUGGCACAAAAAUCUGCUGGUGGUCGUGAUACUCGUUUUUUGCGUGAUGAGAUCCGCCAACUGGAAAAACAAUUGGAGCAAAAAGAGAGACAGUUAACAGACACAGAAAGAGAGUUGGAAAAGGAGAAGAAAGUGAAUGAACAGCUUGCUCUUCGAAUUGAAGAUGCUGAAAAUGAAAACAUCAGAUUCAGGAGAGAGAAUGAACAAUUGCGUCAGGAUGUCGUUGACUAUCAGAGGCAAAUAGAUUCUCAAAAGGAAGCAAUUCAAUCACGAAGAGGGGAGGUUUCUGACUACACAUCACAGCUGUCCAAAAGAAGCUCUGAGCUUGUCCAGUAUUUGGAUGAAAUUCAGUCUGUGUCUACGAGUUUGGCAGAGGUAAUGAAGUUGCUGAGAGAGAGAGAGAUACGUCUUAUUUGCUUGCAAGAAAUGGAGAAGAUGACUGACGAAUAUAGCAAAAUGAAACUGAUUGUGCAACAGUCUGAUAUUCUUAUGGAUGAGUUAAGAAAAGAGAAAGAUCGGUACAAAUUUCAAGUUCAGGAUCUUUCAGACCAGCUGAAAGCAAAGAAUGAGGAAGAUGAUCCACUCAUGGCAGCUGUAAAUGCAAAAGUUGAAGAAUGGAAGAAAAUCUUAGCUUCAAAAGAUGAUGAACUCCUAGAGUAUCAGCAAAUGUUACUUACCAUGGAAGAGAAAAUGAAAAUGGUCCAACUUGAUGUAGACAGAAACAGUAUACUGUCCCUUCAGCAGGGUGUGCAAGAGCGAGAUGCUCAGAUAAGAUUGCUCACUGAGCAAGUUGAACAGUAUACGAAAGAAAUGGAGAAAAAUGCAUUCAUUAUUGAGAAAUUAAAAUAUGAUCUCCAAAAAGAUGAAGGUCACUCAUCUCUUGCUCAGCAGAACCAAAUUGGGGAUAUGCAAGAAAAGUUAAAAAUGCUAGAAGAGAGAACUACAGAGGCUGAGAAAUCAGCAGAAUUGGCAGAAGCACAUGCUAGAGAAAAAGACAAAGAGCUUGUUGAAACUUUGAAAAGAAUGAGAGACUAUGAGCUGGGAAUAUAUGGUUUGGAAGAAGCUGUUGCUGAAAUCAAAGAUUUAAGAAAGCAAGUCAAAAUACGAGAACAUGAGAUUGAGUCAUUAAUUAAGGAAGUCAAUAAACUUGAACUUAAAAUAAAUGACUUCCUUGAUGAAAAUGAAGAACUCAGAGAGCGCUUAGGUCUUGAGCCAAAGACAAUGAUUGAUUUAAAUGAAUUCAGAAACAGCAAAGCACUGAAGCAGCAGCAAUAUAGAGCUGAAAACCAGAUUCUUUUGCAAGAGAUUGAAAGACUAGAAGAGGAAAGAAUUGAACUGAAAAAACACCUUCGUAAGUUGGCUCAGGAGAAAGGAGGAAGAGUUGCAACAAUAGGAUUGGACCCCGAUAAUAUGCAACUGACUGACAGCUUUACUGAAGAAAAGGGAAAGAAUACCAGGAAGUUGGAUUUCUUGAGCAGACAUAACAUUGCUGAAGUAGAAGCAAAGAAUGAAUAUCUUGCAACUGAAUUACGUGAGAGAGAGAGAGAUUUGGAGAAGAACAGGACUGUAAUAGCCAAAUUUCAAUCUAAAUUAAAAGAGUUAUCAGAAGAGAAUAAACAACUUCAACAAGGAAUGAAAGAAAUAUUGCAAGCCAUCAAGGAAAUGCAAAAUGAUUCUAGCAUGAAGGGAGGAGAAACAGCCUUAAUAAUCCCUAGUCUGGAACGCUUAGUUCAUGCAAUGGAGUCAAAGAAUUCAGAGGGGAUCUUUGAUGCUAGCGUGCACUUGAAAGCCCAGGUUGACCAGCUUACAGGACGAAAUGAAGAAUUGAGACAGGAGCUAAAAGAGACUCAGAAGGAGGCAACAAGUUUGUCUAAUCAGCUGGCAAGUGCCAAUGAAAAGAUUGAACAAAUGAAAAAUGAAAUUUGCUUACUACAUCAGUCAGAAGGUGCCAAUAUUGUCUUCCAAACAGUGAAUCUUCCAGAAGGAAUGGCUCCUUCAAGUGUUAAUACAAUUAAUUCUCUGAAUGAGUAUUUAAUACAUCUUACACAGGAACUGGAGAACAAAGAAAAGUUACUUAAACAAUUAGAAGAUGCAGUAGAGGACUACAAGCGAAAAUUUGCAGUAAUUCGUCAUCAACAAGGCUUGCUGUAUAAAGAAUAUCAAAGUCAAAAGGAAAGCUGGCAAAAAGAAUCAGAAAAUAUUAAAGAGGAAAUGAAAAAACUAGAAGAGCAAAAAGAACAGGAUGCCACGAAAAUAAAGGCAUAUUCUAAUUUACUCGAUGCACUUCAGAUGGAUCCUGAUGAAACAAAGAAAGUACUUGCAGAAAAUAAUAGAAAAAUAACUGUUUUACGAGUUAAUGAAAAAUCACUAACAAGGCAGUGCACCACUUUACUUGAAAUGGAACGGCACCUCAGAAAAGAAAAUGAGAAACUAAAGGGUGAAAUAACACAUAUGGAGACUGCAGUUACAGGGAAGAUUGGAAACUUGCAACGAUUCAAGGAAAUGGCUUGCUUUAAGAUUGCAGCUCUGCAAAAAGUGCUGGACAAUAGUGUGCCAUUGUCUGAGCUAGAAGUGGCCAAUAAGCAGUACAAUGCAUUAACUGCUAAAUACAGAGAGAUGUUACAAAAAGAUAAUUUGCUUGUGCAAAGGACAACAAACAUGGAACACAUGGAGCGUGAGAAUGAAUCCUUGAAAGAGCAGAUAAAUUCAUUGAAUAAGGAACUGGAGAUCACGAAAGAAAAACUUCACACUGUAGAAGAAUGAAUUUUUUUGUAUUUUUUUCUUGUAGGGGAUGAAAAUGCCACGGACAAAGCCACAAAAGCAAUAACCAACAGUGAGAUUUUGUCCAUUUCUAAGAAAAUCACUAUGCUGGAAAUGAAAGAGCUAAAUGAAAGACAGAGAGCAGAACAUUCACAACGAAUGUAUGAACACUUAAGGAGUACUGUAAAGCAAAUAGAAGAACGUAAUUUUGAAUUGGAAACAAAAUUUGCUGAGCUCACCAAAAUCAAUCUUGAGGCACAGAAAGUGGAACAAGAUUUAAGAGAUGAACUGUCAAAGAGUGUAAGUAAGGCAGUAAGUGAUGCAGAUAGACGACAAAUUAUGGACCUAGAGAAGCGUGAGAUGGAGCUCAAGAUUGAAGUAUCAAAGUUAAGAGAACUGUCUGAUGUAGCACAAAAACAAGUUGAAGCUCUGGAGGCACGCCAGCAACACAGAGAUAAAGAAGUGGAGUAUCUUAGAAUGCAAAUUUUAGAUUAUCAGGCACAGUCAGAUGAAAAAGCAAUUAUUGCAAAACUGCAUCAAGAUAUCAUAGCCCUUCAAGGUAGUGAGUCUGUUGCUGUGGGCAAAUUGGAGAAGUUUAAAUUGAAACUACAGAAGAUGGAGAUCCAUAAUCUACGUUUAGAGCGGAAACUUGAUGAGAGAGAUCAAGCCUUAUAUUUUGCCCGACUUGAAGGAAGAAAUAGAGCCAAACAUCUACAACAGACAGUUCAGUCUUUGCGGCGACAGUUUAGUGGUGCUCUGCCUUUAGCACAACAAGAAAAAUUCUCUAAAACAAUGAUUCAGCUACAGAAUGACAAACUGAAGAUCCUGGAAGAAGUUCAGCAUGCCCAGCAGGAGCGUCGAAAUGCAGAAAACAAAGCAUUAGAGCUGGAGUUGAAACUGAAAAGUUUAGAAGAAUUAGUAAGUGCAUUGAAGGAUACAAAAGGAGCUCAAAAGGUAAUUGAAUGGCACAUGAAAAUGGAGGAACUCCAUCUGCAGGAACUUAAACUCAGUCGAGAAUUAGUCAAGCAAAAGGAAGAGGUGAAGUAUUUGCGUAAUAUCAUUUCUGAAUAUGAAUGUACAAUCAGCAACCUGGAAGAAGAAAUUGUACAGCAGAACAAGUUUCAUGAAGAAAGGGAAAUGGCUUGGGACCAGAGAGAAGUAGAACUGCAGCACCAGUUAGACCAGUAUGAUCAUCAACAAACUGAAAUACUUAGCACAGCUUUAAAGUUAGAAGAGGCUACAGGCUCUGUUCCAGAUCCUGCUUUGCCAAUCCCACAACAACUUGAGUUGGCCUUAAGAAAGAUUCAGGAACAAAUUCAAACAAUCCUGGAAACUAGGGCAACCUGUGGAUCACUGGAGGAGAAAUUAAAAGAAAAGGAGACUGCUCUGUGGAAAGCUGAACAAAACGUUAUAUCAAGAGACAAAGUUAUAAAUGAAUUAAGACUUCGAUUACCUGCAAUAUCAGGAGAGAAAAUAAUGGCUGACUUUAGCAAACAAGAAGAUGACUCAGAGUACCAUCAUGCCAUGAAAAUUGCUCAUCAAACCAUUGCAAAUAUGCAAGCCAGAUUAAAUCAAAAGGAGGAAGUGUUAAAAAGAUACCAACAUAUGCUUGCUAAAGCAAGAGAGGAACAAGAGGAAAUAGCAAAGAAGCAUGAGGAAGACAUAAGAGUACUACACCAGAAGUUAGAUUUGUACACUGACAAUUCCCUUAAUAAAUUCAAAGAGACUGCUUUGGAGUUAGGGAAAAAGACUUCUAUGUCCCUUUCCAACAGCAAAUAUUUUCAUCACUUAGAGCAAACCGUAGCAGAACAGGAUCAUUCUCUUGCUUCACUUGUUGGAAAAUUAAAGAAAACAUCAUCUGAUUUGGAGAAACAAAAACAAAUUACUGUAUUGAAAAUCAAUGAGUUUGAGAUAAUCAGAGCCCAGCUUCAAGAAAAGCACACACUUGAUGUGGAACAAAUAAAAGAAGAAGCAAAUGAACUGAGGAACAUAUUAUCUGAGAAGGAGAAGGAAUUAGCAAAUGUUAAAGCUGAACUAGAGGUCCAAAAAGAAGCAAAUAAUAGAGCACCCACAGCAACACUGAAAAACCUGGUGGAACAGCUGAAGAGCCAGUUAGCCAUAAAAGAGAACCAGCACAAAGCUUUGAGUAAAGCACUUCUAGAACUCCGAGCAGAAAUGACUGCCAAUGCUGAACAGCAAAUUAUUUCUGCUGCAUCACAAAAAGAGGCAUAUAUGAAUGUCCAAGAGAUUGUUGACAAAGAAACAAAGGGGCUUACGACACAGAUAGAGGAAUUGAAUAAUCAGAUUACAAAGCUUACAGAUAACCUUAAAAUAAGUAAAAGCAAGGAAGCUUCAUUGUCUAAUGAAAGGGAUGAGUUAAACCAAGAGGUUCAGAAGAAAGAAAAAGCAUUUUCUAAAAUAUCGAGGGAAAAAAACGAAAUAGAAAAAGAAAAUGAAGAACUGAAGAACCGGAUUAGGAGGCUAAGCAGUAGCAUUCAGAGCAAAGCUGAUGAACAAAAUCUGAUAGAUGUGCUUCAGAAAAAAAUUAAAAAGUUGGAAAGUGAACUUGAGAAGAAGUGUGAAGAAACAGAAAAGAAGAGUCUAAGAGAAGACAAGACCUCCAAGGAGGAAAUAAUUAGAUGGGAUGAAGGUAAAAAAUGGCAAAUCAAAAUGGAAGGAUUGCGGAACAAACUAAGGGAAAAGGAAAAAGAAGCAGAUGCUUUAUCUAAACAGCUGAAUACAUUGAAAGAAAUUUAUACAAAGACUGAAAAAGAGAAAGUUGCUCUACAGAAGAGACUGAAAACUACUGGUGUCACUGUUGACCGUGUUGUUGGAGUAAGAGCCACAGAAACUGAAAAAGAAGUGGAAGAACUAAGAAAAAGGAAUCUAGAGUUAGAAAAUGAAGUUGCACACAUGAGAACACUGCAAGCAAUCCCACGAGACUCUGUUGUAGAAGAUUUACACUUCAAAAAUCAAUGCCUCCAGGAAAAGCUUCAUGCAUUGCAGAGACAAUGUUCAAGAGAGACAUUUUUGAGACCCUUGACAUCAGGAAUAAGAUCAGGUGAUCAGUAUCGAAGAGAACAAGAAGUUUUAAAGGAGAAUUUCAGAUUGUCAUCUGAAAACAUUGAGCUAAAAUUCCAGCUAGAGCAGGCCAAUAAAGAUUUGCCAAGACUAAAGGACCAAGUAGAUGACUUAAAAGAAAUGUGUGAACUUCUCAAAAAAGAGAAAGCAGAAGCUGAACGAAAGCUGGGCAGCAUUAGAGGGGCUGGUAGAAGUGGAAAGACAGUCCCAGAACUGGAAAAAACAAUUGGCUUGAUGAAAAAGGUUGUUGAGAGAGUCCAAAGAGAAAAUGAAGAACUAAAAAAAGCUCCAGCUGUGGUUUCUAAUGAGAAAUUACUUGGUCUUGAGCAGGAAAAUGAGAGGCUAAAGUCUGAAAUGGAAAAAAUGAAACUUGAUCUGGAGGGCCAGCUGAGUGUGCGUUUUGAAUCUAAAACCAAAGCAACGGAAAAACUCAUUACUGAAAAUGAAAGACUGCGUAAAGAACUGAAAAAGGAAGCUGACAGUGGAGAGAAGCUACGAAUAGAGAAGACUAACUUGGAGAUAUUAAAUGAGAAGUUAAAUGUACAGCUGGAGGAAACCAUUAAGAAGCUAAAUUUGGCUGAGAGCCAGCUUGAUGGAGCUGACAGCAGAGGCUGGAAGUCCAUUGUAACAAGAAUGCAGGAAACUAAGUUGAAGGAAAUGGAAACAGAUAUUGCUAAAAAAACCCAAAGCAUUGCUAACCUUAAAAGGCUGCUUCAGGAAGCAACAGAACGUGAGCACAACGCUGAUAAAAAUUUACAAGACCUGAAAGAACAAAUUGAGCAUCUCAAACAUCUUCCUGAAGGUUCAGGGUCAGAGGAAAACAUCAUCAAGGAGCUUCAGCUUUUAAGAUUAACUAAUAAUCAAUUAGAGAAAGAAAAAGCAGAACUAGUGAACCAGAUGGAGGAUUAUAAGCAGGAAAGACAAACCUCUACAAAUGAAGGUCCUGCAGCUGGACAUAAUGAAACUUUAGAGAAGGAUAAAAUUGAUAAACUAAUGACAGAAAUGGCUGACCUCCAGUCACAGCUCGAAGUUUCAGAGCUUGAAAAACAGCAAUUAAAGGAAGAGACAAAAGAGCUAAGAAGAGAACUAGAAACCUAUAGUCCUUCCUUUUUUGAAGAACUUGAGGACCUAAAAUAUAACUACAAAGAAGAAUUAAAAAAAAAUAUUAUCUUAGAAGAGAGAUUGAAGCACCUUUAUGAAGAGUUUGGCAUUCAGAAUAAUCCAGAUAACAGUUCUGUUGACUGGGGUAGUGUUCAGUAUCCUCAUCAUUGAUAAACACGGACAAUUUCAUUUUUUGUAUCUUCGAACUGUACAAAUCUCUUAAAGUUAUGUGAGUUUGCACACACCUAAGAGUGCAGAAUUGGAUUAUUCAACAGUUCAUGGUCACUAUACACAACAGUCAAAAUAAAAGUGAGUUUUACCUGUCCCAGCUCCUGUGCAAUAAUGUAUUUUAAUUCAGAACAGUUAAUUUGGGUAAUAAGGUGUCAGGUGAAAUUGAAACCUUGGGCUUCUCUUAGAAGUUAAUAAUCCUUUAAACUGUCAGCAUACUAAGUAUGCCAAGUCCCAGAUCAGUAAGAAUACAUAAUUUGCUCUUGUCCUGUGCAACCAUAAUGUUUAACUCUGAACUCAGGGUCAGUGUGCUAGAUGUGUGUUUUUACGUCCCUGGUUAUUUUCACCUCAGUGUUAAAAAAUCCAAGAACUGAAAAUGAAGCUAUACUAUUUGAGCCAAAACACUGGGAUUUUUGUACAUAAUUGAUUUUUUUUUAAUAUUGCUGGAUGUAUACUUUUAUAGCAGAGAUGAAAUAAAGCCAACUCAAAUGAU